AUUUAUGUCUAAAAUGUCGUCGCAUAGAUAUACAAUCAUAAGCCCUGCUUUCCUCGUCCACGCAUUUGUAAUGGUCCUGACAGGGCCUAACAAUGUGUACAGAGGCCCAUCGUUCAACUGAGUUUGGAUAAAUGUUUACAGGGGAGACUGAGCAGAUGGUAGUUGCCGCCUACUCUCCUCUGUAGUACUCAGUCACCGGGGCGGCACGGUGACCAGUCCGUAACAAACACUGUAAACCAGAUUGGUCGAACCAGUCCUGGGUUCGCCAGUGAAUCGGAUGACUGUGAUUUUUGCUCACUCUAAUCUGUUUUAGUUCCGCAGGUCGCCGGUUGCAGGGAAGGCAAACAUCCUGUUUGACCGCCGAGGACUCCCCAGAUUCUGUCUCCUCCGGCGAGUUGAAGUUGUGACGCUGUGAAAGUUUGUGGUCCAUAUCACGAGUCGUGAGUAUCACCCCGGGAACGUAUACGAAACGGACAAUGAGGACUAUGAGCCUGCUCGGACUUUGUGUCCUUUUACUGGCCACCUUUGUGCACGUGGAAAGCCAGCAACAACCCAACCUGGUGUUUCGGGAACCUCCGAGAGCGGUCACGGACACUUAUUGCUCGCUACUAAACUGUUGUAGAGGUAGAUCGGACUCUUGUUCUCUUCCCUACUUCGACACGAUCUGCUACUGUGAUGAGUUCUGCAACCGCACGUCCGCGUCGGACUGUUGCCCGGACUACCGGUCGGUGUGCCUGGGCCUCCCCCCGCCGAACGAGCCGACCCCGCUGCCCCAGCCUCCCGAGACAGAUGGCUGCUUCCAUGAUGGGACGUACCAUCCAGGCGGGGCCACUGUCAGGAUUAACUGCAACCAAUGUGUGUGCCAGCCCAACCAGGCCGGGUCGUACGAGUUCCGCUGUCAGGAGAACCCCUGUCUGCUCAGGCCCACCAUGUUAGAGGCCAUCAACCAGGGAGACUACGGGUGGCAGGCGGAGGCCUAUCCGUUCCUGUACGGCCUGACCCUUGACCAAGGCCUACAUUACAAACUGGGCACGGACCCCGUACCGGAAAGCGUUCACGCCAUGAGGGGCAUCCAGGUCAGUAUCAGAGAGAACCUCCCGGAGUUUUUUGACGCCCGGCAGCGGUGGCCUGGUCUCAUCCAGGACGUGCGGGACCAGGGGAACUGCGGGGCAUCAUGGGCUUUUUCCACCACAGCCGUGCUAGCUGACCGCCUGGCCAUCCAGUCCCGCGGCACGAUGACCGUGACCCUGUCCCCACAGAACCUGCUGUCCUGCAACACCAACAGGCAGCGGGGCUGUCAGGGCGGCAGGCUGGAUAGGGCCUGGUGGUUCCUCAGGAAAAAGGGGGUGACCACCGAUGCCUGUUACCCUUAUGCAAGCGGAACCUCCGCCCAGGCCGGCCAGUGCGCCGUGCCCAGGUCUAACGGGAGACCCUACCCCUGCCCCAGUAACAACGGGGAAACAACGUCAAAGUACCAGUCUUCACCAGCAUACAAAAUCUCAAACAGGGAAGAAGAUAUCAUGAAAGAAAUAAUGACAAAUGGUCCUGUCCAAGCCACGAUGGAGGUGAAGCCGGACCUGUUCUCGUACCGAUCAGGGGUGUACAGACACACGGAGCUGGCGCAGGGCGAGCCGCCCGAGUACCGGCGGAGGGGCUGGCACUCCGUCAGGAUCAUAGGGUGGGGUGUGGAGAUGUCAGAUCCAUAUCAGGCACCGAUCAAGUACUGGACGGUGGCAAAUUCAUGGGGCACACAAUGGGGAGAGGAAGGUUACUUCCGGAUCGUCCGUGGUGAGAACGAGUGUCAAAUAGAGUCCUUCGUGCUCGGCGUGUGGGGUAAAGUCAACCCGAUGGUGAUCAACAACAGGGUACAGAGGAGGAGGAGAAGGAGGAGUUUAAAAUGAUGCUAAUAUAUGCAAAUUAACUGUGCGGCGAUGUUGAUUGGAUCAUAUGGAUGACAUCAUCUGGGAACCCUGAAACUGAUGUGAGAGUGCGAAUAGAAAAACAUUUUGUCAAAAUGGAUUAUGAAAUCUCAGUGACCAGGAAAGUUGGACAAAUAAUUAAAUACCUGAGCAUGCUAUACAGAACAAUAGAUUCUUCAUUUUUGUUCCUUUAUAUCGUCUUCUUUUAAGUUGGCAUUCUGAGACGUUACUAGUGUCCGAUUUCCUAUAUGUUGUCGCGACUUGCAGCGUGUGUAUUUACUCGUUUUGCUGUAGCCUUGUAUGAUUUACAGUAUCGUCGAAUUUUGUUUGAAACGGACAAAAAUUCAUGCGUUCACAUGGAUGUCAUUUAUAUAAUCUAAUCAACAUAGCCUAAACAGAUAGUUGAGUAUUGAUAUCCGGUAGAGGAAUGCUGUGUGUUGUGAUGCCAUCUCCAGUUCUGUAGAUACUAUAUUUAGUGACAGUUGUGACACACACCGGUACCUAACAUUUCUUGCCAUCCUUAUAUCCUCAUAGUUUAGUUUAAAAGUAUCAUUUUUGUCCCCAUGCCAGUAAGCAUGAACACUCCAAUAAUGUAUGAAAUAAAAUAUAAAUGUACUAUCUGUUGGAUAUAAUUUAUACCAUAUCUAAUGAUCCCUUUCGUUAUGCCAGUAUUUCAAGUUUGUAUAUGAAUAAGUGUGAUACGCGCGGUUACAUGUCUUACGAACCGCUAGUUGUAUUGUAUUUUUUAGUAAUUUUCAGUAUAUUUAACAGUAUUAUAUUAUUGGGCCACCAUCCCUGUGUGUGUGUGACAGUUAUGACGUAUUAAUAGAUGACUGUAACUCGUUGUACACAGCACUAUACAGUUAAUCAAAGGCAAACGGAAAAAAGGGCCCAAUUUGUUUUCGUCAGUGCAAAGGGAUAUUGCACUGGACUGUCGUACGUUGGCGGUGUCGCUGCAUUCUAAAUUGAACUAUUGUUACCCUUGAAUUCAUGACGGGGAUAUCGUGCAAAACAGACAAAUAUGACGAAAAGACAACAAAACUCACGUAAUAUAAAAAUAUAAUUUUUUAUCCAUGAAAUUCCUUGACGAUCGCUCUGUCAACUCGCUCGCCAACGUACCACAGCUUUAGUGAGAUACCCGCUUCCAUCUCCUAUGGUCACAUCGUUGCUGUUUGAAAUACCACUACUCAGUGCACUGUCGUUUGGUGCUAAAACCCCACUUUGUUGUAAUAUAAGUUGAUACGUCUGAAAUAAAUGUGUCUUCAUUCUUUUUCAA